AUGGAGGCGGUGCGGUGCUGUGAGGGAAAUGAAGCGUCCACGAGCUUGAACGGUGGCCUCAACGGACGCAUCGGCCCGCGGGGCAGCUGUGUCCACAUGCAGGCCUUCAAACACAGCGGGGGACUCGAGAUGGCAAAGCCAGUCAUGCAGUACCUUUGCAUCUGCCGACACCACAUCCUCGGACCUUCCCCCGUUCCCGUGAUGGUGGGCGGAGUGCAGGCCUUGUCGGUGCCGGCCCGCUGCUUCGGUUGCGCUGCGCCGGGCAUGGGGCGAAGGCUACACGCCUGUCUGCACUGCGUCUUCGUGGGCUGCGCCGACGGCGGGCACCUAGCUGCCCACCUCGCCGAACACAACCACACCCUCGCGGUGGACGUGAGCCACGGACAGCUGUACUGCGGGGCGUGCAAGGACUACGUCUAUGACCGAGACUUCGAGUUGCAGGCGGCCAAGGAGCAGAGCACCUUCUCCGCCGUCAAGCAGAAGCUUGCAGAGCCCAGCGUGAAGCAGGUCAAGUACAACGUGUGGGCGCCCUCGACCGACGACAUCAAUCAGCUCAGCAACAAUUCCAAGCGAUGCACCGUGCCCUCCAAUCUUCUCGGCCUUCGCGGAUUGUACAACAUGGGCAACACGUGUUUCAUGAACUGCAUCCUGCAGUCGCUGCUGCACAACCCGCUGUUGAGGAACUACUUCCUUAGCGACCUCCACAACCGCUCCGGGUGCUCGGCUAACCGCGACGACAUCUGCCUGGCGUGCGAGCUCGACUACCUCUUCGCCGAGGUCUAUUCGGGCACCGGCGCGCCCUACGCGCCGUACCACUUCCUCUACAGCAUGUGGCGGCACGCCGACAACCUCGCCGGCUACGACCAGCAGGACGCCCACGAGUUCCUCAUCUCGACCCUCAACGGGCUUCACAAGCACAGCGGCGGCUCGACGGCCGCGUCGUGCCGGUGCAUCGUGCACCAGAUCUUCUCCGGGCGGCUGCGGUCGGACCUCACCUGCCUGCGGUGCGGCUACACGUCGACCGCGAUCGACCCCUUCUUCGACAUCUCGCUCGACCUGCCCAAGGCCCGGUCCGCCCCGCGGCAGGCCGCCGGCUCCCUCCAGCAGCAGCAGACGGGCUGCAACAACACCUACCAGGACUCCACCAAGCAGCUCUCCAUGCAGUCGCUGCCGCUCGUGCUCUGCUUCCACCUCAAGCGCUUCAAGCAGGAGGGCCUGGCCUCCACGGCCUCGUCGUCCAAGAUCGACACCCACAUCCGCUACCCGUUCGUGCUCGACAUGUCGCCCUACGCGAGCUCCACCAUUGUCUCGCAGCGGCUCGGCCGCGAGCCCCCGUCGGCCCCGCCCGAUCUCUACGAGCUGUUCGCCGUCGUCGACCACAAGGGCAAGAUCGACAACGGCCACUUUGUGUGCUUCGUGCGCCACGAGUCGCGGUGGUUCAAGUGCGACGACGCCACCAUCACCCCCACCCAGCCCCACCAGAUCGCCCGAUCCAAGGGCUCCUACCUGCUCUUCUACAUGCGCCGCUCCCUCACCUACGAAGCCUCCUCCUCGUCCGCCGCCGCCCCACAGCCACCCCCGCCCGCCGCCAAGCCAGCAUCUUCCUGA